AGCAGACCCGUUGCUUGACGGUCCCGACUGUCACCUUCAGGCUGGGCUGUCUGCACGGGAAAAGUGUUCCACGAAGCGGUAGGGUCUUUCCGCCUCGCCUUUUCCCCGCUGACCCGGGUCCCCGCUCCCGUCCGAGUGCCAGCUGGUGGGGCGAGCGCUGGAAGCCCUUCUGCGCCCGUUGCGGGGAUCCCGGAGCUGGGCGCGGGGCGCGAGGCGUGGGGCCGCUCCCGCGCCGGCACAUGGCUGCAGCCGCCCCGCGCGCACCCCGAGGCGCCGCGCCCAGCUCGCCCGAGGUCCGUCGGCUGAGCCCGCCCGCCCCGGAGCCAAGCAGCGGCUGAGCGGGGAGGAGCCCGCGCCCGGGGAUCGGGAUGAUCCUCCUGGUCCUGCUCGGGCUAGUUUCCUGCUAUGUUGGAACCUUGGGGACUCACACUGAGAUCAAGAGAGUGGCAGAGGAAAAGGUCACUUUGCCCUGUCACCAUCAACUGGGGCUCCCAGAAAAAGACACCCUGGAUAUCGAAUGGCUGCUCACCGAUCAUGAAGGGAACCAAAAAGUGGUGAUCACUUACUCCAGUCGUCAUGUUUACAAUAACUUGACUGAGGAACAGAAGGGCCGAGUGGCCUUUGCUUCCAAUUUCCUAGCGGGAGAUGCUUCCCUGCAGAUUGAGCCUCUGAAGCCCAGCGAUGAGGGCCGGUAUACCUGCAAGGUGAAGAAUUCAGGGCGCUAUGUGUGGAGCCACGUCAUCUUAAAAGUCUUAGUGAGACCAUCAAAGCCCAAGUGUGAAUUGGAAGGAGAGCUGACAGAAGGAAGUGACCUGACUCUACAGUGUGAGUCAUCCUCUGGCACACAGCCCAUUGUGUAUUACUGGCAGCGAAUCCGGGAGAAGGAGGGAGAGGAUGAACGUUUGCCUCCCAAAUCUAGGAUUGACUACAACCACCCUGGACGCGUCCUGCUGCAGAAUCUCACCAUGUCCUCCUCUGGGCUCUACCAGUGCACAGCGGGCAAUGAGGCCGGGAAGGAGAGCUGUGUGGUGCGAGUGACUGUUCAGUAUGUACAAAGCAUCGGCAUGAUUGCAGGAGCGGUGACAGGUAUGGUGGCUGGAGCCCUGCUGAUUUUCCUCUUGGUGUGGCUGCUAAUCCGACGGAAAGACAAAGAGAGAUACGAGGAGGAAGAGAGACCUAAUGAAAUUCGAGAAGAUGCCGAAGCCCCGAAAGCCCGCCUUGUGAAACCCAGCUCCUCCUCCUCGGGCUCGCGGAGCUCACGCUCGGGUUCCUCCUCCACGCGCUCCACGGCAAACAGCGGCUCCCGCAGCCAGCGGACACCGUCCACGGAAGCGGGGCCCCGGCCAGGGCUGGCUACCCACACCUACGGUCCAGUGGGGCCGGAGGCAAGAGGGUCUGAACCAAAGAAAGUCCACCACGCUACCCUGACCAAAGCAGAAAGCACUCCUGGCACGAUCCCCAGCCAGAGCAGAGCCUUCCAAACUGUCUGAGUUCCAGCGGACUUGACUCCCAUCCUUUCCCAGGAGUCAGGACUCUUCUCGUCAUUGACGCCCAGUCACCAGCCACACAACCCCCUCGGACCAAACGAGAGGUCAUUUAAGUAGCAGUGACCAUUGCAUGGGAGAGAUUCAAAUGAACACUUUCCUUAUAUGACACUAAACAAGGAAAAGGAUGUAAGCUGAUCGUCUCCAAAAAGGCAUCUCACUGUGCCUUUAGACCAGAGUGGGGGCCAAAUCUGUGCAUUUGGGGACCAGGACCGGUGGUGAGAAAGGCUAGGGAGAGGGGAAGUGAACACACUUAGAAUUCCUCACUUGGGCUGUUUUGUAUCAACACUUUGACUCACCAUUGUUAAGAAAUGAGGUGUUGUUCAUAAAUUUUCUAUGCAUUUCUGCAAACCUACUGGAUUGCUAUGAUUAUUCAGAGUCAAGCAGAACCCACAGCCUUAUAUCACACCUAUCUGCACCAUGAAAAACUCCAAAAAAGGAAACAUGUCUCUUCCAUCCUGACCUGACUUCAUUUACCAUAAAGUUUGGAUAUUAAUUUCAAGAGGAGUUGAGAAAUAGUGGGAGAUGGAGAAUGAUUGAGAUUUUCCCACUCUGUUCACUACUAAUCUUCCUACUUAUAUUGAACUAAAAAAAGGGAGUCCAAAAUGUGUAACAAGGGACUGUGAAAAACCUUCCAUCUUGAUGUUCAGAGGGCCACUGACAAAUAUCAGAAAUAUAUGCUGGAAUAAUUGUGGAUUUUCCCUCAAAUUGGAUGUCUCUAAGGACUUCCCUGCUGGAUAUCUCUGGAGCAAGAAAACAAUCAUUAGGUAUCAUUUAACAAUCUCCUUAGAAAGAAGUCUUCUAGAGAAAGAGAGCUUUUCAGAAUGCUGGAAGAUCAUCCAACAACAGUCUCUUCUUUCAGUGAACAUAUGAAAUCAGGAUUUCAAGACUGACUAGACUAAAAAGGGAGAUUAGAUCAGCUUUCUCUUAAUAUGUCAAGGAGUGGCAUCAGAAGUUCAGCAUUGUACCAAACUUGGAGCUUCCUCCAUUUCUUUCAUUUUCAGAGAAAGAUUCACCUGGGACUUUUGUUGAGUCUAGGCCUUAAGUUAUCAAAAAGUUCAGGGAUUGACAACCUUUCCUGAUGGCACUGCAUGGACAUCAUACCAUUCCCUCCUGAGAGGUUGAGACAGAGAGAAAUUCAGUAUUUUCCAAGUUUAGCCUCUCAGGAAGCCUAGCUCUGGGCUGGAAGGAUAGGAAACUAACAUUUAGGGAAGAGAUGGUGAGGAUAACUAGUGCGUGGCAGGAGGGAUCUGGGUUAGUGCCUGUUAAAUACUGUUGGCAUCUUGGAAAGAAUUAGCAGAAAUGAUUUACCAGGAUAGCUCUCAGAAGAGCUGACUCAUGGGAGAAGAAAGGUGUCUGAGAAAUAAAAAGAAAGCAGCCUCCAAUACAACAACUUGCCUUUUUAAUAGUUUUGACGACUCUGCUAGUCAAAUUCAUCCUAUGGCAAGAAUGCUAAACCUGAAAUAGCCCUUCAAAGACUCUAAAGCAAGUGUCAACAGAUCACCAGUGGUAGAGCAAAAUAUUUCUUAUUAUUAAAAGGACACGGAAUUCCCUGGCAGGCCAGUGGUUAGGACUCUGCGCUUUCACUGCCGAGGGCGAGGGUUCAAGCCCUGGUCAGGGAACUAAGGCCCUGCAAAAGUAAAAAUAAACAAACAAAUAAAUAAAAAUAAAAUAAAGUCUUAAAAAAAAAAGGGAGCAGGCUAUAGGAAAGAAAAAGUAGUGCUGAAUGUGGUAAUGAAAGCCCUGUUCCUAAAAUGGGAAUCAGGUGCUUAAAGAGAAAAAGUUGAUCUGGGAUUUUGUCCUAUUUCUGAUUUUCAUUUUUACAUCUAAUUCUCACAUAGUACAAAUGCAUUUCCUUCCAAAGUCCUUUAAGAAAUAGGGUUUUAUCCUUGAGUGAAAGUUUCAUCUUGAGUUUUGUCUUCCUAAAAAAAAAAAUUGGGAAACAUGGGGGUGGCUUGGGGGGUAAUUGGGGGUAAUUCCCUGGCAGUCCAGUGGUUAGGACGUCAUGCUUUCACUGCUGAGGGCAUGGGUUCAGUCUCUGGUCAAGAAACUAAGAUCCCGCAAGCCAGGCAGCACGGCCCCCGGCCCGCCCCCCCGCCAAAAAAGUUGGAACAUAAGAGACAUUGAGGAAGUAAUGUAAAGAAUGCCUGCCAUUAGUUUAAGAGGGCUAGCACAUUUGGAAUGCUUCUUAUACUAACACUGCCUCAUUGUAAGAUAUAAACUCCUUACUCCACUUCCUUAUUCUUCUGGUAGUGUGGUGUCCAGGCAACAUAACACAUCUGCUGUGUAAUUCUGAGAAUUCUCAUUCCUAGAGUACCUGAGCCAAAUGAGUACGCUAUGGCAGCUGCAGCUGUCCCAUCACUAGAAAUUUGCUCUUAUCAUUAUUUAUUACCUUUGAACCUAAGGUUUCCUGCCUAUGCCUCUGCAAGCAGGCCUCAGUCCCCUUUGCGUGAAAAGGUUUAGAUUAUUUAAACAGGUUAGUUAUUAGAAGACUAAAAUACCAGUUGAAUAUCCAUAUUAUUUUGGAAAUCCAUUCAUAUGGGAUAUCUACAAAAAAUGUCACAAAACAAAUUAUUACCUGAAAUCUGAGAAAUUCUAGGAAUUGAAGAUUCUGAGAGAUAAGGUGCUGAAGUCUUAGUAGUGAUAGUGUGCUUCUCUUUCAGUCAGGCUUUUGGGUUCAGAUAUGACAGGCUCUGGGUUUAAGAUAUAGUUUGAGCCACUAUUGGUUUCAAACCAUAUUCCAUUAACCUUGCAAGACAAACAAAUUUGAUUCUUUAAUAUAAAACAAAAAAGGAUAAAAUAGAUGGUAGAAGAAAAAGUGUUUGUAGGAAGAAGAUACAGAUGGAAUGAUGUGGAUGUUUAGAAAAUAAUCAUUUCAAUAAAAUGCAUACCCUACACUUAGAACUGUAAAAUAAUG